AUGUCAGUGGUGUCAAACUUGUUGAAGUCAGUCAAAAAUCAUCUCCCUUUGGUUUGUUUAUCAACGACAAAGUUUGAGAAGAUAAACGGAGCUGGUGACGUGGCAUCAUUUCAGCUCAGUACCGUUGCUUACCAAUCCUCAUCUUUUCGACGUCUUCCCGUUUCCCGCUUCGCAUACCCAUCCAUUGGUUGCGCUAACAAGCGCCAUCUGCUCUUUAACCGCAUCGCUCCUGUCUAUGACAGCGUUGAGUUUGGGUCAGCAUCGUAUCUGGAAACGUAUGGCUGUAUCCUGGACUGGGUGACUGGUCUUGAUUUCUCAAAGGAGCAGCUAUUGAUGGCUUCAACCCGUCAAAAUUUGCUUUCAAAUGCCUGCUUCAAGAACAUCGAGUGGGUUGAGGGUGAUGCAACUGAUUUGCCGUUCCCGGAUUGUUACUUUGAUGCUAUUACUAUGGGUUAUGGGCUGCGAAAUGUGGUGGAUAGGCAGAAGGCCAUGCAGGAGAUGAUUCGAGUACUGAAACCAGGUUCUAAAGCAUCAGUCCUUGAUUUUAAUAAAAGCACUCAGCCGUUUGUUGCUUCAUUUCAGGAAUGGAUGAUUGACAACGUUGUUGUCCCUGUGGCAACUGCAUAUGGUCUUGCAAAGGAGUACGAAUAUUUGACUGGUUCAAUCAGAGAAUACUUAACAGGGAAGGAGUUGGAAGAACUUGCUCUGGAAGCAGGAUUUUCUACUGCCAAACAUUACGAGAUUAGUGGAGGUCUAAUGGGGAAUCUAGUAGCCACACGUUAG